AUGGCGGUCCCGGAGCUCGCCGCGGAAGGGCAGGCGGCACCAGGCGCUUACGCUAACGGGACGUUGAGCGGGGAGCCGCGAGCGUCGGCUCCUUCCGAGAGGAAGAAGUCCCGCGAGAGCGAGCGCCGCCGUCGCCGGAGGAAGCAGAAGAAGAACCUCGAUCCGUCUGCCGUCGUUUCCAGCGGAGGGCGUGAGGAUAGCGGCGAUGAGGAAGAAUCCAAAGGGAUCGGUGGUCUCCCUAAGGUUUGUCACGAGUCGGGUUUUUCAGAACGUUCCGCUUGUUAACCGUUCCUUAUAGCUAGGGUUUUGGAAUGUUUGAAGAAAUUCACUCUUAUUGAGAUCGUAAAAUCCUUUUAGUUGCCCUUUCUAUUAUCUUUCCCAUCUCCGUGGCCGUUUACUUCAGGAGAUUUCAUCGCCUCCUAUACCUGGUACUGGGUUUUCCGUUAUCAUGUGUUGCUCCCCUUCCAACGCCAGCCCCUUUUGAUCUAACUGUUAAAUUUUUAGGAUUCAGUAGAAAAUAAGCGCCGUCUCAACGGCCGCCAGCUUCACUACCUGAGAUAUUUGAUUACUGCCUAGAUCCGUUUUUGGCAAAGUGGACUAUUCUUGUUAAAUCAUACGAUUGAAUCUGGUUCUUUUGUGCAGGUGGAGGAGAAAAUCGAAGUAGAAUAUGUUCCAGAGAAGGCAGAGAUUGAAGAUACUUUUCUUGAGGAUUUCAAAAAGGUGUUUGAGAAGUUCAGCUUUAGUGACUCCGUUCCUGGAGCAGAGGUAGGAUUAGAAUAAUUUAGGAUUUCGGAUUCUGAAUGUCGCAAUUUUUUGGACACUUUUUUAACACAGUCUCGGUUUUAACUUUGGUUGCAAUGAUGUUUCCCUUAGGAUAAUGCUAAAAAUGUUGAAGCGGCCAAUGCAGUGGCUAGACAGGAAGCUAAGUCAGACUCAGAUGAGGAGGAGCAAGACAACCAAAUGAAGGAGAAAGGCGUAUCUAAUAAGAAGAAAAAGGUUUUGCCUCCCUAUUGCUUCACUAAUUGUAGUUUUCGUUUUUUUUUAAUUUUCUUUGAUUUGGAAGAACUCAAGUUGUUAUAUUUUCAUUCAGCUCCAAAGACGGAUGAAAAUUGCAGAACUGAAGCAGAUAUCUUCAAAGCCAGAUGUAGUCGAGGUAUGUAUGCAUAUCGUCUUCCAAAUGAUUGCAGUAUUGUUGUGGUUUCGACGUUUUGUUUAAUCACUCUAAUCUAGAUGCAAAGUUUAGCAACCCAUGGGCAAUUUAACAGUCUACAUAUAGUUUAAAGUGUUUGAAGGUUAAAAAUUCACAUUAACCUAGGGAACAAAUGAUAUCCACGUCCAGAAAUCUUAAGUGGAACUGACUGCGAAUGUUUUCUCUCUUUAGACAACCAGUUCACCACUUGUUCGUCAUUCUCAACCAAGCAGGGAGGUCCAAUGGAAAAAUUAUAUAUUUAUACAGAUAUAUAGUUAAAUGACCGAGGCAAGGAAUGCAGCCAAUAUUCAUCAGUGGCUUUCAUUUUUGAUUUGCAUCAAGUAGAGGAGAAAAUUGUGGUCUCCAGUUCCUGUCCUCAUUUGCGACCUAAAACCACGUUUUGUAUCAUUAAAACAUUUCCAGUAUGCUGUUCAUGAGAUAGCACGUUUUGACUCAGCCGUUUGGCCACCCAUGACCAAGUAUUGUUUUACUGACAAGCUUUGAUAUGAAUUAAAAAGACUCGAGUUCGUGGUUUUGCUGAUCUCAUUUUCCUUGGAUGCUUUUGUUGGAUAGUUGAAAACUUCGGUGGUCUAGGACAUCUGAAGAGUCUUAAAGAUGUAUGAGUCAGAUCCUAUAUUGUGCGAUCAUUUCAUGGUUUUUCUUCCGUAUCAUCUCUAAGGUAGUCUUUUAAGCAUUGAUAGUUUGGAAGGCACGGAGAACAUCUGGGCCUUGAUGAGGGCACGGAGUACAUGCUUCACACCAUUAGUAGAUGCGAAAUGAGUCUGGGAGAAAUUAGUGGCUUUAAGAGGGAACGAACAUCAUCACAGAAAGUGCAUUGUGAGAUUAAAUGUGAAAGAGUAGUUAGGAGGAAGUUCCUUGACCUUUAUGACACCAUCUUUUACUGUUAUUUAUUUAGUCGUGUUGUCAACCCUAUGAAAAUCAAACAUAUCGUGUCUUCUUGAAAAUAAAACGAAUAGGUCAAUCAUUUUGCUCUUCUUCAAUAUUUGAUUUCUGAAAUGCUCAAGAGCGUAGGACAGAGCUUGUGAUUGCAGUCACAUGAAUCUUGGUAUAUAGGGUCAACUGCUCGUGCUGUACCUUUCGUAUUUAUGAUUAGGUCUUCUUUUGCAACAUAGAUUGCAGUUGCAAGGGAAAUGGAUGGCACAAUCACAAAACAAAGAUCCUCCGGAUUGUGUCUCAUUGUUGUCUAACAGGGGUAACGUCAUAAAAUUCAUGGUUGUCAAGUUUUUCAUGUCAUGAAUUUGAUAAAUCCUUCUUAUCUAUUGCAUAAAUCUGUGUAAAUAGCGCGUCAGUUUUUGAGGUACAGGAAGUCGUGAAAGUUUGUAUACCAAUGUGGUGUUGCAUUACAUAGUCACAUGUCAGGUUUCCACAAGAAUGAUAAUAUCUUUUCUUUUUUUGUCAUUUUUAGAUCUGGGACGCAACUGCUGCAGACCCAAAGUUGCUCGUUUUCCUGAAAUCUUAUCGAAACACUGUGCCUGUCCCAAGACAUUGGUGCCAGAAGAGGAAGUUCUUACAGGUGAGUCGUAGCACCACUCAUUAACUUUGACGAGGUUUUUAUGUUUAGUCCUUAAAUUGGAAAUGCUGUUGAAGAGGGGAUCUCAUGGGGGGUGGGUGAAGAUGAAGUCGAUGACUCCCCUCUUAUACGUAUAUGUGGUUCUUGCAGGGAACCGGCUGUAACAGCAAUCUUGGAGCCUGGACAUGUUGGUGUUUGGCAAAAGGGGGGACCUUGAAUGGUUUCUCCUGGAAUAUUUUGAUGGGGUGGGUGGGCUAAUUGAAAUAUAUAUGAUAUCCUGAAGCCAUUGUCAGGAAUGAAAUGAAACUAAAAGUGAGACUGAACGAAGAGCAUAUUUUAGAUUGCAUUAGUGCUAGUUAAAAGAGCACAAGCUUUUGGCACUUAGUAUUGAAUAAUCACAGUUUGUGCUUUGUACAUCCCUUGAUUUUCUAGGUCGGACUGAAUUUUUGCUUUUAUAUUGGAGAUUUUUUGAGCUGUUACACCACUUUAAAAUUCUCAGAUAUAACUGGCUGAAUUAGGAUAAUGUGCUGUAGGUUGCAAACAAUCUUUCAUGUAUUAUGGAUUUUAUGCAAAAAUUAUCAUUUUGCAGGGAAAGCGUGGUAUUGAAAAGCAACCAUUUCAGCUUCCUGAUUUCAUUGCUGCUACUGGAAUUGAAAAAAUUCGCCAGGUAAAAAGAAGUAACAUAAGGAAUUCUAUUUUUUUUGGUUGAUUGAUAAGAUCCCUUUUUAUUUUUAAGAAAAUGUUACAUUGUCUAUCAGAGUAACUUGAUAGUAAUUGUUGUAACCCAUAUGCUUUGUUGUACCCACAGGCCUACAUUGAGAAGGAAGAUAGUAAGAAAUUGAAACAGAAGCAGCGGGAGCGCAUGCAACCAAAGAUGGGGAAGAUGGAUAUUGACUACCAGGUCCGCCUUGUUUUGGGGUUUGCAUUCUGAAAUUUAAUUUUCAUUCUCUUAUUACUAUUGUCUUUAUACCCUGUCAGGUUGACUAUUACUCAUUGACUGGAAUUCAUUAAAAUAAACGAAAAACUUUCCUUUCAGGUUCUUCAUGAUGCGUUUUUUAAGUACCAGACUAAGCCGAAGUUGACGACACACGGUGAUCUUUAUCACGAAGGAAAAGAAUUUGAGGUAUGUCCAGUGUUUUGCACCCUGAUGUGAACAGACUCGUGUGUAUUUCCUUAUGAUGUCAGAUUCCUCGGUAUUUUUUCCGUGCAACGAUGGAUGAUUCCAUAAUAUUUCCUUUGGAUACAUUUUAUUGAUGAUAAUUGUUAGGCAAGCGGACUGAUUAUUUAUUUUCCUUGGAUGAGAAGUUUCUCAGAAAAUUAUGUUCAUCAUAUCAAUAACCGAUACUGGAACUGUGAUGAUCGCCAUUCCAAGUGGCCAUCCUUGCAGUUUUCUAAAAAAUUGCAAUUAGCUAGGGAGCAUUUUCCGGUCUGGGAGCUUAUAAAAUGUUAUGUAUUUCGUCACCCAUCUUCGGGGGAAAAUAGACCCUAAAACCUGAACAUCUUAUACUGUCAAUUAGUCUGUUCUCUAAUUUAUCUGCUCCAGGAUAUAUCAGUUCGACUGUGUUGCAGAGUCAGGAGCGCAAGGAUUAGUUGUAUGGCCCUCUUUUUACAUCAUAUCCAUUUGGAGCUCAUUCGAUACGCUUUAGGCUAUAAUAGAUGAUAACUGUCUACUUCGUCGUGUAAAACAAAAUUUUCAUGAUUUUUUUGGCAUAUUAAAUGGUUUUAUUGAUUAUGACAAUAAUUUUCUAAUGAAGAUAAGUCUUAGGACUCAUUUGAUAACGGUUGAGUUUCUUAUAAAAUAUUAAAUCUAGUAUUUCAUGUCUUAGACGAGAGUCUAUUAUUGAAUUUCUCAAUAGGAAGGGAACCAAGAGACAAGUACUUACCUUAAGUACAAAUAUUUGCUAUUUGAAUCAUGUAGUAAAAAUUGGGUUCAAUUGACGCAAAGAAAAAUCAGCCAUGCUGCUGUUUUUUCUCCGUAACUCCUCUUUCAAGUCAAAAGUGGCCAACUGUUUUUUUGCUCUGUUGCUUCUCAUUCUUUCUGUCUUCAUAGUUUAUGAACUUGAUUCUUGAUUCGCAUGUGCGACAGGUCAAGCUACGAGAAAUGAAACCAGGUACCCUCUCACAUGAACUGAAAGAAGCUCUUGGUAUGCCUGAUGGUGCCCCUCCCCCAUGGCUCAUCAACAUGCAGGUCAGUUGCUCAGUAACCUACGCGGGUGAUAUCAAAUCACGAAACGUGCAUCUGUAACCUAACCAAAAUUUUCCUUCACAGAGGUAUGGCCCCCCGCCAUCGUAUCCUCAUCUGAAAAUUCCUGGCUUAAAUGCUCCAAUCCCUGCUGGAGCUAGCUUUGGGUAUCAUCCUGGUGGCUGGGGCAAACCCCCUGUUGAUGAAGUGAGUUUGACUUCUUCUUCUUCUUGUUCUUCUUCCAAAUAACUACGUUCCCUCAUCUGGACAGAACCAGUAUAUGAAAUAUUUAACCUAACUUGUUGUUUUUUUAACGAAUAGUACGGACGUCCUUUAUAUGGUGAUGUCUUUGGGCUUCAACAACAAGAUCAACCAAACUACGAGGUAGUACAUUUAUUUCUUUCCCGCAAUUAUUUCGCCACUCUUUGGAAGAAUUGCUGUCUAAAACUUCGGCUAGAUUUUUGUCAUGAUUCGCCAUUUCGAAUUCAGGAAGAACCAGUAGACAAGAGCAAACACUGGGGUGAUCUGGAGGAAGAGGAAGAGGAAGAGGAGGAGGAAGAAGAAGAGAUGGAGGAGGAAGAACUGGAGGCGGGCAUUCAGUCUGUCGACAGCCUUUCAAGGUGCUCUAUGUUUCUUCCGACUGCCAAAAUCGAAUCGAUUAGUCUGUUGUAUCUAAUGCACUGUAUUUAUUUUUUCAAUGCAGCACUCCUACUGGCGUGGAGACCCCCGAUGUCAUCGACCUCCGUAAACAACAGAGGAAGGAGCCCGAGAAACCACUUUAUCAAGUACUUAUCAGAGACACUGUGUUCCCUUCUCUCUUUCCUUCGUCAGUUAUCUUCUAUUGGAUUUUCUCAUCUCUGUGCCCGAAAUCUUAGGUUCUGGAAGAGAAAGAAGAAAGGAUUGCUCCUGGGACUCUCCUUGGCACGACCCACACGUAAUGCCUUUGUCCUUUCUUCGCUACAUUCGGAUAUGUUUUGGGGAUUCCAUAGCCUAACUCACCUGAUGCUCGAGGAACCGGAACUGAACUAAUCUCCUUUCUCUCUGUGAACAGGUAUGUUAUUGGGACACAGGACAAGAGUGGCGCCAAAAGGGUGAGUUUUAAACAUCUACAUGAAUAAUAUUUAUUUAUUUAUUUAUUUAUUUUCCUCUCGAUUUUCCGGCUUGGUGGUCUGCGCCACGUGGCGAUAUGUUUGUUGCUCGUAAAUGGUCAAACAGAGGCAGAUUCUUUUCUAGAGAUUACGUGAAAUCCAGCCUUGACGUGACCCAUUCCACAAUUUUUUAAUCUGAUGUAAUCCAUCUUACCCCGUUCUCAGGUUGACCUGCUACGUGGGCAGAAAUCAGACAAGGUGGAUGUUACCAUACAACCGGAAGAGUUGGAAGCCAUGGAGGAUGUUCUUCCGGCAAAGUGCGUCGACCUGCAGAUGUUUCUUGAUCAUUUUCUUAGAAUACCCAAUCGGAUGGCCGUUGAUCUUCAGAUGUUUCUUGAACAUCUUAUGAAAAAUAGACAAUUGGAUGGCCGCUGAUCUUUGGACCUGUUUCGCAGAUACGAAGAAGCGAGGGAAGAGGAGAAGCUGCGGCAUCAGAAGGAAGACUUCAGCGACAUGGUCGCGGAGGUGCGUCUGGGCAAAUAUGUCCUCGAAUUUCCUCAGUCCGCCUUGGAGUCGGCUCUAACCGGAGAUCUCUCUCUCUCUCUCUCUCUCUGUCGCAGGCUGAGAAGAAGAGGAAGCGCAAGAUGCAGGAGAAGGAAGGGAAAUCAAAGAAGAGGGACUUCAAGUUCUAG